GACUGACAGCACAGCUACUUUUAAUAACCUUGUCAUGUGACACUAAACAGUAGCGUUAGUGUAGUAGUAAGUCAGGUGCCUUCAGUUCAAUCUCUGUAUGGGGCCGGCACCCACACGUGUGCCUUCUGUGGGUGUGUGUGUGCUUGUGUGUGUGCCUGUGUGUGUGAGCGGAUUUAUUGAGAUUUUAAGCCACAAGCUGAAUGGAGCUGGACAGGUGCAACCAAUACUUUGAGUGGAGUGAAACAGAGGUGAGCAGUAACACGAUUCAGUGAUCUUUGCAGCAGGAAUAAGUAGGAAUGAUCAGAGAAUACUACUUAAAAGUGUGCUCAUCUAAACCUCAACUGUCCAGAACUUGUUCUACCAGUAAUUGAUUGAGGCAAUGCCACAGUGUGCUGCCUUAGUAGGUGAAGAUCAGCCUCUGUGUUCAGAUCUCCCUGAACUUGACCUUUCUGAGCUCGAUGUGAAUGACUUGGACACAGAAAAUUUUCUAGGUGGGCUCAAGUGGUACAGUGACCAAUCGGAAAUUAUUUCCAAUCAGUAUGGCUCUGACUCAUCUGAUCUCUUUGAGAAGAUGGAUGAAGAAAACGAGGCCAACCUUUUGGCUGCUCUAACUGAGACAUUGGACAGCAUCCCGAUAGAUGAGGAUGGGCUGCCAUCAUUUGAUGCACUGACAGAUGGGGAUGUGACCAGUGUCGAUGACCCUAGCUCUCCCUCAACGCCUGAUGGCACUCCCAUGACCCCGGAGGCUGAAGAGCCAUCUCUACUGAAGAAGCUCUUGCUGGCUCCAGCUAAUUCCCAAUGUACUUACAAUGAAUGCCAUGGAGGCAGCUCUCACAUCCGCGCAACCAAUAAUAACAGGAUUGGACCAAGCCCUGCUGUUGUCAAGGUGGAGGCAUCUUUGAAUCCCAAGGCAAGGAAUGUUUCACAACAGCAGAAGUCACAGGCCCAGCGUCGCCGAUGUACAGAAUUGCUCAAGUAUUUGACAGCUAACGACACCCCUCAGUCCCGGAUAAAUGAGCACAAAAUUACUAGCAAAGACAAAAACGUCUCGAAAAAGAAGAUACAGUUACAAUCCCAACCAUCAUGCAACCUCCAAGCGAGACCAACAACACUCUCUCUGCCCUUGACACCAGAAUCAUCAACUGAUCCAAAAGGUUCCCCAUUUGAAACCAAGACCAUUGAACGUACGUUGAGCGUGCAACUAUCUGGUACUGCUGGUCUGACACCACCAACCACUCCUCCACAUAAAGCUAACCAGGAUAAUCCGUUUAAGGCUGCAGUCAAACACAGGUCAUCUUGCGGUUCUUCAGUACGCAGUCCACCUCCAAAGAAAUUGCGGUUAAGUGUUUCUGCCUCAAGCUCUCAACGAAGCAGUCCCAUAAAGAUAGGCACUGAACAAACUGAACUCUAUGCCCAACUCAGUAAGAAUUCAGAUUUACCCAGUGCAUUUAGCAUUACCCAAAGUGAAGAGAGGAAGAUGAAACGGACAAAUACAAGACUCUUUGGUGAUCAUGACUACUGUCAAUUCAUGAAUGCAAAGGCAGAGUCAUUAACUACCAUGACGUUCUACAAAGCAAGGGAACCCAAAGACAUUAAACUCCAGGAUUUGUCUUCCAGAGUGGCCUCGCCCAGAGACCGUAAAAUAAGUGUACUUCCUGUUAAAGAAGAUCCAAUAUGUAAGAAGGAAAGCCAGCAACUGGAAGCACAGCCCAGCAAUUAUUCUGGUCCCAGAUUACAAUUGAAAGACCAAGAAAUCAGGGCAGAGCUAAACAAGCACUUUGGUCAUCCAUGUCAAGCCUUCUUUGAUGAAAUGGAAGAUGAGGCAAGUCCUCAGAGGGAAAAAGACUUUUGCCAUGGAUAUUACUCAAAACUGCCAACUUUUCUCAGUGCAGGGAUGUCGCUGGACGGUGUGUUUGAUGAGAGUGAUGAUGAGACUGAAAAGUUCCUCUAUCCAUGGGACGGAACACCUGAUGGGUUAUUAUUAGAAAGAUCUUGUUCUCGUUCUCUGUCCAGCUCUCCAUGCAGCGAUUCCAUCUACUCACCAAAGACUUAUGCACCUUCUCAAAGAAUAGUCAGGGCAAGAUCGAGAUCUAGUUCCUAUCCUAGACGUAGACAUUAUUCUCGCUCCCCAUAUUAUCAUUCCAGAUCAAGAUCUCCUUACAAUAGAUCCUCAUCUAGAUCACACCACUGCUAUGAUUCAGGGCGCAGUAGGGUACAACACAGGUCUCGUGGAAGCCCUUGCUCAUACUCAAGGUCACGCUCCAGGUCUCCCUUCAGUCGUUAUAGUAGACCCAGAUAUGACAGCUAUGAGGAAUAUGAAAAUGAGAGGCUGAAGAGGGAGGAAUAUCGAAAGGACUAUGAGAAACGUGAAUUUGAAAGAGCAAAACAAAGGGAACGUCAAAGGCAAAAGGCAAUUGAGGAACGCCGUGUUAUUUAUGUGGGAAAAGUCAGGGGUGACAUAACACGUACAGAACUUAAAAGACGUUUUGAAGUUUUUGGUGAAAUCGAAGAAUGCACUGUACAUUUGCGUGAAGAUGGUGACAACUAUGGUUUCAUCACAUAUCGUUACACUUGUGAUGCCUUUGCUGCCCUCGAGAAUGGACACACUUUGCGAAGGUCUCAUGAGCCACCAUUUGAAUUGUGCUUUGGUGGUCGUAGACAGUUUUACAAGUCAAACUAUGCAGAUCUAGGUAAGGUUGAUUCCAAUUCAGAUGACUUUGACCCUGCUUCAACUAAAAGCAAGUACGACUCAAUGGAUUUUGAUACCUUGCUGAAAGAGGCCCAGCGAAGCUUGCGUAGGUAACAGACACCAAAUGUGCUAAAUGUGGAGAGAGCUGCAGUACCUUGCAGGCAUCCUGUCAUGUACCAUUAAAGAACUUGCAUUAGUCAUCUUGGGAUUUUAUCCCUCUUUACACCCUGUACAAAUGAAGUUUACAUGAACACAGCUGCUGCAGUGUGUGAGGAGAGUUGAAGGAUGUUCAACUUAAAUGAAAAGGAAUCCAAAAGCAAACGUACAGACAGUAGACUAGUGAUAUUUUACAUGUGGUAUUUAAAUGAUAUUCUGAUUGGUGGAAUAUGCAGCUUGUUCAGCAUUUUUUCUGACAUUUGGAUGUGGUAUUACAUUAUUGACAAGAGUUGGGAUAAAUACUUGGGGUGUUUCAAAUAUUUUAUUUACUAAAUGCUAAAAUGUAGUUACAGAUUUACUAAUGUUAAACUGAGAGAUUUUUAUUUUGUGUAAAUAUGACAAUGUUUGUUUUUUUUGUUACAGCUAUGCACUGUAAAUGCAGCCUUCUUUUAAAUAAUUAAAACAAGAAUGUAACCAUAAGUUAAACACUAGUGUACAAUAAUAUAUUUAGAAAAUUAGAGAGGUACAAAGCUGAGAUGGGUAAAGUAGUCUGUGUGGCACAUGGACCAAUGCUCAUUUCCUACAAUGUAGCUUUACAAUGACCUUGCAACUGAUCAGCUUUAAAAUGAAUCAGGUCACCACUUCCAUUGCUAUGUUUAAUCAUUCAAGGUGCUUUUUAUUUUUUUGUCGUUCACAGUAACUUAGAUGAAAAUUAAUAAAUAGAAGAAUAAAAUGAAAACAUAUUCAUGAUUUGCUUCUGAUUUCAAAUUAUAAUUACAGACCACUGUAUAUUGAUUAAAAUAUUAUAGUUAUCACACAAAUUCCAUCUAUUUUAGAGGAAAUCUUAUGGACAGAUAAGUUAUCAAGUUCCAAAUUUUCUAAACUUCACCAUUUGUUGAAAUAAGGAAGUGGAUAAAAAUGUUGCCAUUGAUGCUCCAAUGCACUAUUAAAUGUGAUAAGCAAUAGAUGUCCAAUGCACUAUUGACACGCAUUGUGAAACCCCAGAUAAUUUUAGAACUGAAUAUCAGGACAGGAAGACACUGUUAAGUAGCAGCUAGCAAAGGUGAAUUUCUACCCCAGAAUUUGCGAGAUAUGUACCACGUCAUCGUCUCCAACAGCAGCUACACCUAAGCUCUUUUAGAUUUACACCUCUCGCAGGUGACAGUUUUAUUUAUUUGUCCAUCUCCACUUUGUAUUGAGUGAUCUAAAUGUCUGCCAUUGGAAAAUUGUCUUCAUAUAUUUGGUAAACCAAACCGAGUUGUCAACUUUGUAACUAUAUACUAAUAGCAAUAUAAAGGUUUUUGACCUAAUCAUUCAUUCGCCGUGGUAUCACUGGUCUUUUAUCUCUGCUCGCACUAUUAUUAGAAAUAGUUUCAGGUCUUUUAACUCAUUUUAUCAUAUGAUGCCAAACUGAGGUUUACAUUUUCUUCCCUGGAUUUUGAAUAUUCUCUUCUUUAUUGUAAUAGUAAGAUUGUAAAAAUAAAUAUAAAAAUAGCAAUAAAUGUUUAUUUUUAAAGAUCUAAUUUUAGCAUACCAUGUUGUGAAGUGGAGGAUCAGGCACAUUACCCAGCUUCUUUAGGUGCUUGUUGUGUGUUUCAAGAAAUGUUAGAAUUCUAACCUAUAACAACUACAGUAUUUCAUAGUUUUUUGUGUAGCAAAGGCUAACUUAAACAAAAUAAGUGAAACUGUGUGUUCGUAGCUAAUGUUAGUUCUCAACUAUUCUUUAUAACUUGGGUAAUGAUGUUUUGUUCUGUCUGGCAAACUUGAUGAGGAUUUUAAUUGUAAAAUAAAAUUUGCUCUGUACAAUAACUAGAAUAGCAAUGUAUUAUAUCACUUGAUUAUUCUUAAUUUUAAUUAAUUUCUGAGGACACUGUGCUGUUAGGUGUGUGGGUGAAAAUAUAUUAGUUGAUGGAACUGUGCUGACCAGGAAAUGUGAGGAGGAACAUCUAUGUGAGUUCCUUUUUACUGACAUUUCUAACUGUAAUGUGUGGUUGAAUCAUUGUAUAGAAUUACUGUGAUUUUUUUUAAUGUGCAGUUUUCAUCAACCUCACUUAACUAAUAAAGGGAAACAAUGUUUCAAAC